AUGGAUACCACACAGACUGAGCCUGACGAUCAUGAGGUUUCAUUCCGCCCGCUGUCAGCAGGAAAGGAUGCUGUGGUUCCGACGCAAUCAAGAUAUUCUUCUCGUGCAGCAAUAGUCCAAAGAUGCAUGGGGAAAGGCGCUUGGAAUCUUACGGACGAUGAGUUAAUCAUUGUCACCACACCGCAGGAAGAUAUCACCGACCCAAAAGGACUCAAAGCCAUUGUUCAAUGUGUCAAAGAACAAGGGUACCGCCGGGAGGCAGCACGAGCAACAAGGCUAUUACAGCGCUAUCGCCUGGUUCACCGCCGCUACCUGGAGCUACUUCAAGAUAGCAUACACAAAGACAAACCCUCCUCCGAAGCCGGCCUCAAAAGGAAAGCACUCGAGCAAAUCAUACGCGAAACAAAAGACCAAACACGAUUCCCCUUAGCACCCACCAACGACUCUGUGUCCCAGAAAAUCCAAGACUUUGCUAUAAAAGCGCAACGGAAACCUUACUUGGAUAUCGGAAUCUGGGGGUUUGCUGUGCUACGAUUGAAUUACAAUGACGACGCUGCUUGGGAAACCUACAAGCAGGCCUUGCAAACCAGUGCGCAGAAAAGAUUGCUAGGUGUCAAUGUACCCAAACACAUCUGCGAAAUGUUUUGCCUUACAUAUCUCGAAGACAAAACUGCUCUCUCAGGACCCGUGGAUCAAGUCAAGUUGGCAAGAUACUGGGAUGAGAGUAAAUACAGCGAAACUGUGCAUCUGCAUAUAAACAAGCAGUUCUUCCUCUCAGUCGAUGAGUUUACAAGGGAAGGCGAAAACCCCAACGACCCGCCUCUAAACAUACACGACGCAAGCGUUGACGAAGUAGAAGAGGCAAAUUUUCCCGGCUGGAGGAGAACUAGUGUGUUUGAACUUAUCACCUGGCACAUCGCCGGCAUCGAAAAAAGUCAUUUGCAUCUGAGAUCAGCAUGGGAAAUCAUACAUUCAUGA